UUUCAAGUAUCCCAUCCAAUUCGAUUCAGUUCGACCUGUGUUUCUUCUUAUUCUUGAACGUUUCUUAUGGUGCUUUGAUGAUUUUUGCAGAGGAGUUGUAAUCUGCUCGUCUAUUCGGCUCUGUUCUGCAUAAUAGCUUAUACGAUGGAAAUUUGUCCUCUAAUAAAGAACAUACUUCUGCUGGAUUCGGAAGGAAAGCAUGUAGCUGUCAAAUACUAUUCAGAUGAUUGGCCGACAAACAGUGCAAAGUUAGCUUUCGAGAAAUCUGUCUUCACUAAAACUUCAAAGACAAAUGCUCGAACAGAAGCGGAGAUCACCAUGAUUGAUAACUACAUCAUUGUAUACAAGUGUACCGAAGAUCUUUACUUCUAUGUUACUGGGGGUGAUGAUGAGAAUGAGCUCAUUUUGGCAUCAGUUCUUCAGGGAUUCUUUGAUGCAGUUGCCCUUCUUCUGAGGGAUAAUGUCUCCAAAAUUGCAGCACUUGAAAGUUUAGAUCUCAUCUUUUGCUGUAUCGAUGAGAUUGUUGAUAGGGGGAUUAUUCUUGAAACUGAAGCAAGCGUCAUAGCAGGAAAAGUUGCAUCCAAUGGUCUGGAAAGUGCGUCAUCAUUGACUGAGCAGACUAUAACUCAAGCACUAGCUACAGCGCGGGAACAUCUUGCAAGAUCUCUGCUCAAAUGAUGGUGCUUCUCAAGAGAGA